GCAGUUAGCACAGGGACGAGCUGCAAGGAAGCCGCGCAAUUUCCUUGCGAGCGCGCUUUUCUUCGACCAACGGCACUCGUCGACGCUCCUUCUCCACUCACCUGGCCCGCCAUGACUGUUCCGUACAGGUCGCCGUACGGCGUCAAGGAGAACGCGCGCGCACUCGCGCACUUGGCCCCGCGCAAGAGCGUGGGUGAGCGCGAGGCGCCGUUGGCAGCGGCAUUGCAGCAUCGCCCCCCACUCGAGCCCGCCGCGAACACGACGCUCGCUGCCGACGCGUCAGCAGCAUUGCGGGCACCUGUAGACCCGCCCGGUCAAAGCACGCCGAGCCCCUUGGGGCAUGAUCCCUCCGCCGCGACUUCCGCGGCUGCACCCCGUGACGGCAGCGAGACUGCGGCGCGCACGGGAUGCGAAAGUCGAGGGGACGAGGGCUCAGUGGGUGGCGCAGAGGACGGCGCGCGAGAGCGGCGUGCAGGAGGCGCGGGGGACGAGCUGGGGCGCAGAGGGAGCGCGCGGGAGCGGGACGGGGUGGCGGAGAAGCAGGCGUGGCCGGGGGGGGAGCGCCGGCGGUGGAGCCUGGACGACUUCGAGGUGAUUCGACCGUUGGGGCGCGGGAAAUUCGGAACCGUGUUCAUGGCGCGCGAGCGAGAGAGCGGAUGCCUCGUGGCGCUGAAGGCGGUGAGCAAGCGGGAGGUGCGCGAGGAGGGGCUGCAGCAGCAGCUGCGGCGCGAAAUCGAGAUCCACUCGCACCUGCGCCACCCGGGCGUGCUGCGCCUCUACGGAUACUUCUACGACCAGACGUUCGUGUAUCUGGUGCUGGAGCUGGCGGCGGGCGGGGAGCUGUACCGACAGCUGCGCGCCAAAACGAGGUUCCAGGAAGCCCAAGCAGCCAAGUACGUGGCGGGUGUGGCACGCGCGCUGCUGUACGUGCAUGCACGCGGGGUGGUGCACCGCGACAUCAAACCAGAGAACCUGCUGCUCUCGCCCAAGGGCGAGGUGAAGCUGGCAGACUUUGGGUGGUCCACGAGGACGAGGGACAGCAGCACCUGCACCGCCGUGUGCGGCACUCUCGACUACCUCCCCCCCGAAAUGGUGGAGGGCGAGCGGCACGGGCAGCAGGUGGACGUGUGGGCGCUGGGCGUGCUGCUCUAUGAGAUGCUCGUCGGCUGCCCGCCCUUUGAGGCGCCCACACAGACUGACACAUACAGACGCAUCGUGGCGGUGGACGUGCGCUCCCCCCUGCACGUGCGUGUGUCGCAGCCCGCCAAGGACCUCAUUCGCCGCCUGCUCGCGCGCCAGCCUUCACAGCGCCUCCCCCUCGCACACCUGCUGCACCACCCCUGGGUGCUGCGCCACACACAGGGGCAGGGGCAGAGUGGGAGGAGGGCGUAGGAGCAGCAUGGUGCAGAGAGGUUGGGAUCAGGAAUGAGCAGUAGCAGCAGGAGAGGAGUGCUGUUGUGACCCAUGGUGGGAACAAGCGAGUGGUGUUGGCAAAGUUGAGUGGUGAAGGGCUCUUUUUCAGCCAUUGUGACGGUCGUGUGCAUGUGGGGGGUGCAAUACAGGUUCCUAAUAACA